UUGUAGUUGAAGAACUUUUUGCUAGACUUUGUGUUAAAAUUAUUAUUGGAGUUGUUGAAGAUGUCAUUGAACUUUUACUAGAUUUUUUGUUAGACUUCUUUGCUAGAUUUUCUUUAAAAAGAUCAUUGAAGCCUUCUCGUGGA